CUUCACCUGCUAAAUUGUUGAUCCAUCGUAUGGAGGGACCCCAUGGAGCUGCCAGGGAGUCUGCAUUUCACCGCACAGCUGAUCCUCCCCGCUUCGCAGGGGACCGUGGACGUGGGUUGUCCUUGUCCUCCCCAACCGAUAAAGUCAUCGAGUCCGCACAUUCUGAUCUCUCUUCUUCCCACACUCAACCGAAGCUCGUGUGAAAUCGAUUGCUACCCGCACCAUGGCGUCCAACGAGAUAUCGCAAGAGCAGAAGCACGUUAGUGACGACGAGAAAUAUGUGGGUGAGAAGCAGGAAACCGCGCAUGUCGACUUGACGAACAGCGCUACAGCCAAGAUCAAGAACCCUCUUGCGCACCUGUCCAAUGAAGAAGUCAUGAAGGAUGUCCAAGAUUUCGCCAACACCAACGGCUUCCCGGAAAUGACUGAUAUACUCGUGAAAGGCGCGCUCGUUGCCAAAGAUCCUCCGGCCUUUGAAAGUGUCCCCGGUCUCUCGGAGGGCGAAAAGGACGCUAUCAGAAACGAGGUCUUGCACAAAUGGCGCCAACCAAGGUCGCUUUACUUCACCAUCAUUCUCUGCUCAAUCGGCGCAGCCGUCCAGGGUUGGGAUCAAACGGGUUCCAAUGGUGCCAAUUUGUCCUUCCCAGAUGCCCUCGGUAUCCCUAUCUCCGACACCCUGGCCGAUGGCUCUCCCAACCCGAACGCCGCUCGCAACCAGUGGUAUCAAGGAUUGAUCAAUGCCGGACCUUACAUCGCUUCUGCCUUCCUUGGGUGCUGGUGCUCUGAUCCCCUGAACAAAUACUUUGGCCGUCGUGGCACAAUCUUCGUGUCGGCUGUCUUCUGCUUCUUGUCUCCUAUCGGUAGUGCCGUGGCUCAAACUUGGGAACAACUUCUGGUCACGCGACUGCUCCUUGGUAUUGGUAUGGGUUGCAAGGGCUCGACCGUUCCAAUCUUCAGCGCCGAAAAUGCCCCAGCCUCCAUCCGUGGAGCUUUGGUCAUGAGUUGGCAGAUGUGGACUGCUUUUGGUAUCUUUCUGGGAACAUGUGCCAACCUUGCCGUCAAGGACACUGGUUCCAUCUCCUGGCGCCUACAAUUCGGCUCUGCCUUUAUCCCUGCUGUGCCAUUGCUUGUCGGCAUCUACUUCUGCCCAGAGUCACCUCGUUGGUACAUCAAGAAAGGCAAAUAUAUCAACGCCUACCGUUCUCUGAAGAGACUCAGAAACACCGAACUCCAAGCUGCUCGUGACCUUUACUACAUCUAUGCCCAGCUACGCAUGGAGGCUUCCCUUGUUGACCGACAGACGAACUACGUCACACGCUUCAUCGAGCUGUUUACGAUCCCUCGUGUCCGUCGUGCCACCCUCGCCUCGUUCACAGUCAUGAUUGCUCAGCAGAUGUGCGGAAUCAACAUUAUUGCUUUCUACAGCUCUACCGUCUUCGAACAGGCGAAUGCCUCGGUCACAGAAUCAUUGCUCGCCUCCUGGGGUUUCGGCUUGGUCAACUUCGUCUUCGCGUGGCCCGCCAUUUGGACCAUCGACACCUUUGGCCGUCGAUCACUCCUCUUGUUCACUUUCCCCCAGAUGGCCUGGACUUUGCUUGCCGCUGGUCUGUGCUACCUGAUUCCCUCGGACAGCAAGGCUCACUUGGGCCUCGUGGCCCUUUUUAUCUAUCUGUUUGCGGCAUUCUAUUCUCCCGGUGAAGGUCCCGUGCCAUUCACAUACUCGGCCGAGGUGUUCCCCCUGUCUCAUCGUGAGGUCGGUAUGGCUUGGGCCGUGGCAACUUGUCUCUUCUGGGCUGCCGUGCUCUCCAUCACUUUCCCCAGAAUGCUUAGCGCUAUGACACCUACCGGUGCUUUCGGAUUCUAUGCCGGCUUGAACCUCGUUGCGUUCUGCAUGAUCUUCUUGUGGCUGCCCGAGACCAAGCAGCGCACUCUGGAGGAACUCGACUACAUCUUCGCCAUCCCGACUCGCACGUUUAUGAAGCAUCAAUGCGGCACCGUCUUGCCAUGGUGGAUCAAGACGUACAUCUUCCGCCGCAAGAUCGGUCCUUGCCCGUCGUUGUGGUCGUUCGAUGGACAUGUGGACAACGACAAGGAAUUUGUCGAGACCAUUCGUCGCCAGAGCGCCGCCGUCCAAGGAGGCCGUCGCCGAAGUAGCAUCGCAGACAAGAUUGUCAAUAGAUUCUAGACGCCAUUGGCAAUGGCAAUGGCCGUGGCCACCAAGCAGCUAUUGCGACCGCCACUUUUGACGAGGAGGUACUAGUCCCUCCAGCUUGGCAAGGUCUGCAGCAGGUCCGUCAUGGCACAGCUUAAGCACGACAUAGGAGUUGAAUGCGAAGGGGAAAGAAAAUUCGGUCCAUGCCGACCAUGAAACAGAAUGUCAAACACGUUAACGAAAAAGAUACCCAAGAAUCACAAAUGACAAUUUUUAAUAGUAUCUCUCAAGUGAAGUCUACUUCACAGAGAUUGUUCUAUGGUUCGGAAUCCUUCUAGGAAUCACAUCUCGACGAAAUAAAGCGCCGUGAAAGGCCGCAGCUGGCUUCAAGAAAUUUCACAGCCACCAAAAUGCGACCAAAGCAAGACUGCACCCUGACGAGACCACGAGAGCCAUGCUUCCUAGCUUUGUUGCAUCACUCGUCUUGAACCUAUCCAUGGUUGGCACCUGGGUCGGGACGGC